CCCAUGAAGAGGGGUAAUGGCAGGACCGAGGCCAGUUCCUAAAUACUUCGUCAUACAUAGCUAUCUCAAGUAUACUUAUCUCGUUCGACCUCUGUGCUGUUCUACUCGAUCACUGCUCUUCACCCCUAUCCCAUCAAUUGCAGAAACCAUAUUACCAUGGCAGACGACAAGGUCCAGACUUUCGACAUUCCAAAAACAUGCAAAGGUGGUGUAGUUGUUAAUGAGGGCCCUGACUUCCAUGUCGAGGUCCAAGAUGUUCCCACUCCAGAGCCGGGGCCGACCGAUGUCUUGAUCAAGCUCAACGCGACGGGUAUUUGCCACAGUGAUAUUCACUUCAUGUUGAACGAUUGGGCACUACCAAAGAUGUCUGAAAUGGGCACCAAGUGUGCUGGUCACGAAGGCGCUGGUGUUAUCGUGCAGGUCGGCGCUCAAGUCAAGAAACUCAAGCCUGGCAUGAGGGCUGGAUUUAAGCCCAUCCAGGAUACCUGCGGUGUGUGCGAGCUCUGUCGCGGCGGUCAAGAGUGCUACUGCGCAGGCGCAGUCUUCACCGGGCUGAUGUGUGACGGAUCCUACAAACAAUACGUUGUGUCACCCGAACGCUACACAACCAUCAUUCCAGACGGCGUAAACGACUACAUCGCCGGACCGAUCAUGUGCUCCGCCUCAACAAUCUACACGUCCAUCAAGGAAUCCGACCUGAAGCCUGGAGACUGGGCCGUCUUUCCAGGCGCAGGCGGAGGAGUCGGCAUGCAGGGCGUCCAGCUAGCGAAAGCGAUGGGACUGCGCGCUGUAGCCAUUGACACCGGUGCCGACAAGGAGAAGCUGUGCAAGGACGUGGGCGCGGAAGAGUUCAUCGACUUCAAGAAAGUUGAGAACGUAGCCGAGGAAAUUAUCCGCAUUUGCGACGGCAUCGGAGCGCACGGUGUUUUCGUCACCGCGGUACAGACAUACCCGUCUUCUGUCAGCUACCUCGGUGGCCGAGUGGGCGGAAAGGUGAUGUGUAUCGGUCUGCCUCCUGCAGGCACCCAGCAUAUCGAUGUCGAUCCCAAUCAGAUGUGCUUCAAGAAGCAGAGCAUCCACGGGACUCUUGUGAGCAGCAUGGCUGAUGUUGAUAAGACGCUGGACUUUGCGAAGAGGGGCCUGCUCAAGCCAAUUUACACGGUGUAUCCUCUGAGCAAAUUCGACGAGGCUGUGCAGAAGCUACGGAGGGGCGAGAUUGCUGGCAGAGCUGUGGUCGACUUCAAUCAGGAACAAUGUAUAAGGCACGAUGUAUGGAUGAUGAGGCGUUUGACCUCAUCAGCAAGCCAGUCUCCGCACGCACACGCCGAAGCAUCCUCUAGCCGCCCACCCUCCGGCCGCACAGCGCCCGGAAAGCAGCCCGCCGUUGAAGAUGACCACAGCGACGAGGAAGCCCUGCUGGCCGACGACCCGCUGAACCCCAGCCUGUCCGAGCAAAUCUCGUUCAAGCGCAAGCCCAAACCAACCCCGUCCUCCAUCCUCCCACGCUUCUUCGCCGGGCCCUCGACCUCCCCCCGCAACACCCCCAGCCCGCGCACCCAGCAGUCCCGCCGCCCCGCAACCACCAAUGCCCCCGACGACGGCGCCACAGAGCUCAUCCUCAACUACCUCGACACGCCCGCCGACGCCGGCGCACACCUCGCCGACGCCAAAGACGCCGCGGGCCUGGACUGGUAUGUCGAGGGCCCCGGGCGGCGCGUCGGGUACGACGACCUGACCGCGAUCGACUGGAUCUUCGAGUACGCGCAGGAGCGGCAGCGGCUGCGGCAUCUGUACAGCAGCGCUACGGGGCUGUUGGGCUCGGUCAAGCAGCUGGCUGACGCGAGCCAGGUGUGGAUUAUACUAGUUGCGGCGGGGGUGCUUUCAGGCGGUAUUGCGGCAUUCAUCGAUGUGGCGAGUGACUGGCUCGCGGAUCUGAAGACGGGGUAUUGCAGUAGUGUAGAGGGUGAUGGGAGGUUCUAUCUCAACAGGGGGUUUUGCUGCUGGGGAAUUGAUACGGGGGAUCAGUGUGCAGAUUGGCAGGAGUGGGGGGUUGCGAUGGGGAUUGGGAGUGUGGGCGGGAAGUGGAUUGUGGAGUAUAUCUUCUUCAUCCUGUUCUCGGUCUUCUUUGCAGCUUGUGCGAGUCUGCUCGUGAGGGAAUUCUCGCCGUAUGCUAGGCAUAGUGGUAUCCCAGAGAUAAAGACUGUGUUGGGCGGCUUUGUGAUUCGGCAUUUCCUGGGUGGCUGGACGUUAGUGACGAAGACGCUUGGCCUGUGUCUUGCAGUGGCAUCAGGGCUGUGGCUCGGUAAAGAAGGCCCUUUGGUUCACGUGGCAUGCUGCUCCGCAAAUCUGUUCAUGAAGCUGUUCGGCAACGUGAAUGGUAAUGAAGCAAGAAAACGAGAAGUUCUUUCCGCGGCCGCAGCAGCUGGUAUUUCGGUUGCAUUCGGUGCACCCGUCGGUGGUGUAUUGUUCAGCCUCGAACAGUUAUCGUACUACUUCCCAGACAAGACCAUGUGGAGCAGCUUCGUCUGCGCCAUGGUCGCCGCCGUCACCCUUCAGGCUUUCAACCCGUUCCGGACCGGCAAACUCGUUCUUUACCAGGUCACCUACCAUAGUGGCUGGCACGAUUUCGAGCUCGUUCCCUUCGCACUUCUCGGCAUCAUUGGUGGUCUUUACGGCGGGCUUUUCAUCAAGCUCAACAUGGCCAUAGCAUCGUGGCGUCAGGACCGCACCUACCUCAAAGGCCCUGUCACUGAAGUCGUGAUCAUCUCGUUCGUCACCGCGCUUAUCAACUUCCCCAUCAAAUUCAUGCGCGCUCAAGCCUCUGAGCUCGUCUAUAUACUCUUCGCAGAAUGUGCCGACCUCACAGAAGACACACUCGGCCUCUGCAAAUCCGGGAAAGCGAACACGGGCGUUAUCGCGCUGCUCUUGAUCUCAGCCCUCCUCGGCAUCUUGCUCGCAGCCUUCACAUUCGGCCUGCAGAUUCCCGCAGGAAUUAUCCUUCCCUCCAUGGCUAUCGGUGGCCUCUACGGCCGCGCAGUUGGUCUCAGCGUCCAAGUCUUCCAGACCGCAUUUUCCCAUCUCUUCAUCUUCGGCUCCUGCGAACCCGACGUUAAAUGUGUAACGCCUGGAACCUACGCGAUUGUCGGCGCUGCCUCCGCGCUGGCGGGCACGACACGCAUGACCGUCUCCAUCGUGGUCAUCAUGUUCGAGCUCACCGGCGCUCUGACAUACGUCCUACCCAUUAUGAUAGCCGUCAUGAUAUCGAAAUGGAUCGGCGACGCCAUCAGCCCGCGAGGUAUCUACGAAUCCUGGAUCCACUUCAAAGGCUACCCAUUCCUCGACAAUCGCGACGACAACGGCUCCAGCAUUCCUGACGUUCCUGCCGCCCACGUCAUGACGCGCAUCGAGGACCUCACCACCAUCUCCGCCACCGGCCAUACCAUCCAGUCGCUGCGCCAAAUGCUGCAGACCCACCGCUACCGCGGCUUCCCCGUCAUCUCCCCGCCCUCCGAACACGACUCCUCCCCCGCAUCCUCUGACGCCCUCCUGCUCGGCUACAUCUCCCGCACGGAACUUCUCUACGCCCUCUCCCUCACCAUCUCAAAGUCCCUGCCCCAGGAAACAGAGUGCCACUUCGCACACCAGCCCCUCGCGGACCCGUCCUCCUCGCUCGAUUUAAGACCCUGGAUGGACCAGACGCCCAUCACGCUCAACGCGCGCGCCUCGUUCCAGCUCACCGUCAGCAUGUUCCAGAAACUCGGGCUCCGAUACGUGCUCUUCACCGACAAGGGCAUGCUGCGCGGCCUUCUAACGAAGAAGGACGUGUGGUAUGUGCUGAACGGAAUGGAGGACGAGGCGUGGGACGAGAGCGAGGAGUACGGCGACGCCGGGGGCGGCGGGGGCGUGCGGCGCGGCGGGUUGAGAGAGGAGAGGGAGGGCGUCGCGGAGGGGAGUGAGGAGCGGGGCCUGCUUGGGACGCCAGGCGACGAAGACCACGAGGGCAGUUUUCUGGGCUCGGACAGCGAGAGCGAGAGCGGCAAGUAGACAGAGUAUACGAGGCGGCGCUUUUUUGAGUAAAUUCAUUGAUAUCAUAAUUUCCGCAGCGCGUGCUCAACUCUCUUGCUAUCUGACCGCGCGACGCCGAUGUCGUCCGCGUCCCGCGCUUCCUCCUCGUCGCUCGCAUCUUCAUAGUACCCAGACAUCCCCUCCGCGGCGCUCCGCCCGCGCGGCCCCGCCGGCAGCGCAGGGAGUUCCUUCUCGCUGACGCGC